AUGAUCACUCUAAAUAAGAGGUCCGUUCAAUCCUCAGCUGGAAUUCACAGUCCGGUUGGAUAAGGUCCUGGAAUAGCGACUCCUGUUUCUGUUAAUCAGGCUAAAAAGAAGACAAAAAAAGAAAGCACUAAAAAAGUUGGUAUUCAUUCAAGAAAACUUUCUGAAAAUAGGUUGUUUUAUCCUCAAAGCAAUCCUAUUGUAUAGAAUGGGGUCAUCAGUACAGCGUCUCUUGCUGUGUAAAAUGGUAAUUAAAUUCCAUAGAGCCCAAGUAGUUAUCAGCAACACAGCAACAAUUUUGUUGGAAAUAGUCAUAAAAAUCCAAUUAUAAUGAAUAUGAACCAGCAUGCUAACUCACCUUAAAGUAACUACGUUGUUGUAAACCUUACAUAGCAAAAUAAUAAUUAGCUAAAUCAGCAAAGUUAAAAUUUUCAUAGUAGCAACGAUCACUAGUAAUACCUCGCCUCUAACAAUAGUCCUUUUAGCCAUCAGCAUGAUAAUGACGAAACAGGCAGCUCAGAUAGUAAUUAAGAUAUUAAAAAUAAAUUAUUGAAUCUUCUUACUCAAAAGAAUGAUUGCAAAAAACUAAUAGCUUCUAAAAGCUCUGGUAAUUCUCUAGAUUUUGCCAUCGGUGAGUUUGGAAAAAGGAAAAAGUCUCCAUAAAAUCAGAUAAAUAACAAUUACAAUAUCGGUGGGAUUGUAAGUAACCAUCACCACUAUCAUUUGGGGAAAAAAUCACCUUCGAAAAUGAAAAAUCUGCUUUACUUUUAAGAAAAAACGGCAAAUAAGUCAUAGAUCCAAAAUAAUUCUUCAACCUAAUUUAUCCUAAGUCCUAAAGAAACUAAAAAUAUACAGGGUAUUUUUAAUUAAAUCAAGCCAUCAACUAAGAAAGAAUAAAACUACAUGCAGAUGCAUCAUUAGAAUUCUUUUUCACCUAUCUUAAGUGCAGUUUUAAAAAGCAAAGGUCUUUCUCCUGAAAAGAAAGACUCUCUAUCGCCAUCAAAAGAAAACCUAAAGAACAUAAUAGCAGCACAAAAGCACAUAAAUCCUGCUGUUUCUCCAACAUCUUUAAACUCCUAAUAAAUAUAAGUAUAAGCAGACAGCAAAGCUGCAUUGAAGAAGAAAAUGUCUGUCCCAAAAGCUGUAAAUUAAGACAUGUUUUCUUAUAUUUCAAAAAGAAAUAGCUCUAAGGAAAGAAUAAUUAACUUAUUCAACUCUAAACACGAAGCAUUGACUGACCAUAAUACGAGAAAGAGUAGCACUCUUUCAAAAAAGCAUAAGUCUGCUUCACCUGAAAACAACCAGCAAACACACAAAAACACCAAAAAAAUAAUAAAUACCAGCCAAUAGCAGCAACAAUAAUAACAAUACCUUUAAGGAACAAAAAAGUCUAAACCGUUCUUUAAAAAAUAUCGGCCACCGGAGCUUGACGAAUUGCAUUCUACAAAUACAGUUUCGCAAAGCGUGCCAAAUUCUUCUAAACAUAUAAUUCAAAACACUUUCAAUACACCAAAUAACUAAAAUCUUAACAAUAAUUAAAACCUAUCAUCUCAACAUCUUGAAACUAAAAAAUUCUUUUUCGACCACAAUCUUACUCCUAAUUCUUUAUUAAUAAAUUCUUAAACAAUAAAUUAAAACAUGAACUAAAUAUAAAAUAUUAAUUAAAACAACACUAAUAUGGUAAAUAUAAGCAAUACAAAUUUACUUUCUCAAAACAACCCUAACAAUAUUAGCAAUUCUAUUAAUUAUUCUUACUCGGCCCGCUCUAACAAUUAAUUAUCGUAGCCACCUCAACAAUAAAACAAUACCUUAUACUAAAAUUUUGUAAAUCCUUACAUUAAUACUACUUCUAACCAAAAUAAAAUAAUUACUGCAGCUAUCAACUAUAACCUUAAGAAUGCUGAAAAUCGCCUGAUGAAGAUAUAAGAAGACAUAUACGAAGGAGGAGAGCAAAGCAAUCACACAGCAAUUAAUGAGCAACUCCAAAAAACAUUUUUAAGAACAUCAAAGCUACUCAGCGGAUAUAAGGCAAGAGAACUCAAAUGGGAACAAGAAAAAAGAGCAUUAGUUGAUGAAAUUAAAUUUUUAAAAAAUUUAUUGUAUACUGAAUAAUUCGAUGAUCUUGUAAUUAAUAGUUAAAUGAGCUUCUUUUAUAAUCAUUUUGUUUGUUUUGCUUUGGUUAUCUGCACCCUUUGUGCAUGA